GCCGAAUUGGAGAACGAAGAAUAAGAAGAGAGAGAGGCGACGAAUGGUUUUGGCAGCAGAACCGCCAUGGCUACAGCUUCAAGGUUUCUGCGGAAAUUACCGAGGUCUCUCACGCUUUCUCCGACCCAUCUCCGUAGCAAUGGCGCAAGGGUUUUAAGCUGUUUGUCUCAGAAAAAUACCGUGCCGUUGGAUUCAUUCUGGCGAAUCGGAGGAUCUCGAAUCCGCCAUGUUUCUGAUACUACCAGAAGCUUCUCUUCUCAAGGCCCUGCUUCUGUCGAUUAUAGUUCGGUUUUGCAGGAAGAUGAGUUUCACAGAUUAGCCAAUUUCACUAUAAAUGAUCUUCUUGAGAAAAUUGAGGAUUAUGGUGAUAAUGUCCAGAUUGAUGGUUUCGACAUAGAUUAUGGGAAUGAAGUUCUCACCCUUAAGCUUGGAUCUUUAGGCACCUAUGUAAUCAAUAAGCAGACCCCAAAUCGACAAAUCUGGAUGUCUUCCCCUGUGAGUGGCCCUUCUAGAUUCGACUGGGACCGGGAAGCUAAUGCAUGGAUUUAUCGGCGAACAAAAGCAAAGUUGUAUAAACUAUUGGAAGAGGAGUUAGAGAAAUUAUGUGGUGAAUCAAUCCAACUCUCAUAAAAAAAGAAGGCCGUAAACAAUAUUUGUAACUUGGAACUGCUAUGCCCUUUAAAGAUAUAUAUCUGAGGAAUAAAGCAAACAAGGCACAAGACAUUUGUUUCAUUGUUAAACCCGAUUGGUGUUUGUGCUUUUACACUUUUUAGCAGUAAUGUCUCAUGGUGACAUUGUUACACAAUGUGCAUCAUUUCUUCACUGCUUAAAGCUCUCCUGCUGCUUUUACACGCUUUAUAUCAACAGUUUUUUAAAGUCAAGAA